AUGGAUUACAAAAUUCAUGAAUAUAGUCCUGAAGAAUUGUAUGAAAACAAAGCUCGAUUAUUCGAAUAAUUAAUGGCAGAAUGGAACAAUAUGAGUGCCAAUGAACAAGAAAAAUAUAAUAAAAAAGUUCAAUUCACCAAUGCAGGUGAAAAGGCAAAAUAGCGCAAAGAUGAAUCUACUCUUGAAACAUUGUAUGAAACUGCAGUUGAAAAACACCACAAUAUAUAAUAAUCAAUAAUAGAAGAAAAAUGUGAAAAAUAAACAAGUUUUGAGGAAAUAAAAUCAGCAGAAAUAAUUAAAGAGCAAUAAAAUAAUAAUGCUGCUAGAUUUCUUGAAGAAUAAAAACAGGAGUUUAAAACCUUAAAUUAAGAGUUUUCUGAAAAAGAAACUAAUUCAUAAGAACCUCCAUUGAAAAUCCAAAGAUCUGUAAUUAUUUAAGAACCUAGAGACCAUUAAGUCAAUGUCAAUUUUUCAUAAAAGGAUGAGAAAAUCUAAGAAUCAAAUGAAAUAGGAGAAUAAAAAGAUAAUCUUGGAAAUAGAAGGUCUAAUGCAGGUAGGAAACGCUCUCAAAAAGAAACAGUUGAGAAAAUAAAGUCAAAACGAGGUUCUGUUAAGAAGAGAGCUUUAAGCCUUUCAAAAUAAAUAUAGUUAUAAUAACACAACAAUCAAAAACACUUUUUCGUAGAUGAAACGCUUAGCUUGAAAUAACUCAAGGAAUAGAUUAGGAAUUUAUUGAAACAACAUGAAUGA